AUGAGCCGACAGAUCCUUGCCUUUGUCCUGGCCUUCAUCGGGUUCCUGGGGACCAUCGUGAUCUGUGCCCUGCCCAUGUGGAAGGUCACAGCCUUCAUCGGAGCCAACAUCAUCACCGCUCAGGUGUUCUGGGAAGGGUUAUGGAUGAACUGUGUGUUCCAGAGCACGGGCCAGAUGCAGUGUAAAGCCUACGACUCCCUCCUGGCCUUACCCCAGAACCUGCAGGCCUCCCGGGCUCUCAUCUGCGUCUCCCUCGGGGUCAGUGUACUCGCCAUCGGGCUGACUGUAGUCGGGGCACGCUGCACCAACUUCUUCCAUGACGACUGGCUGGCCAAGGAAAAGGUUGGCAUUGCGGCGGGCGCGGUGUUCAUGGCGGCGGGGGUGUUGUGUGUUAUCCCUGUCAGCUGGUCUGCUCACACCAUAAUCCAGGGCUUCUACAACCCCCUGGCCAGCCAGGAGAGGAGAGGAGAGCUGGGGGCGUCCAUCUACGUGGGCUGGGUGUCUGGAGCUCUGCUCAUGAUCGGAGGGGGGAUGCUCUGCAGCACGUACAGGUGCUGA